AUGAGACUCUGCCUUAUCCUGUUUUUGAUAACCAGGCUAUUUACAAACUCUCAAUCAAUUAGCAGAGCUGAUUUCCCAGAUGGGUUCGUUUUCGGAACGGCUUCUUCAGCAUACCAGUUUGAGGGGGCUGCAAAUGAAGGAAACAAGGGAGCUAGCGUAUGGGAUACUUUCACAAAAGAACCAGGGAGGAUUUUGGACUUCAGCAAUGCAGACACAGCCGUAGAUCAAUAUCACAGAUUUCAGAGUGAUAUAGACUUGAUGAAGGAUAUGGGAGUGGAUGCAUACAGAUUCUCGAUAUCGUGGCCAAGAAUUUUUCCAAAUGGAACAGGAGAACCCAACUCAGAAGGAAUAAACUACUACAACAGCCUUAUAGAUGCUUUGCUGGAAAAAGGGAUCAAGCCUUUUGUAACACUAUAUCACUGGGAUCUUCCACAAGUGCUUGAAGACAGAUAUGAAGGAUGGUUGAGCACACAGAUAGUAAAAGACUUUGAACAUUAUGCCUUCACCUGCUUCCAAACUUUUGGAGAUAGAGUGAAGCACUGGAUCACCUUCAACGAGCCUCAUAAUACUGCUCUCCAAGGUUAUGACUUAGGCAUACAAGCUCCUGGGAGAUGUUCGAUUCUUGGUCAUUUGUUUUGUAAGAAAGGAAAUUCAUCUGCAGAGCCAUACAUUGUUGCUCACAACAUCCUUCUCUCUCAUGCCGCUGCUUAUCAUAGUUACCAGCAAUUUUUCAAGGCGAGACAAGGAGGUCAAGUAGGAAUUGCACUGGAUGUCAAAUGGUACGAGCCUGUAUCUGAUAAUGAUGAGGACAUAGAUGCAGCACAUAGAGCAAUCGACUUCUCAUUAGGAUGGUUCCUUGAUCCACUAUUUUUUGGCAAAUAUCCUCUUUCCAUGAAGAAGCUUGUGGGUCAGAGAUUACCAGAGAUUUCACAGGCAAUGUCAAAAUUCCUGGUUGGAUCUUUGGACUUUGUUGGCAUAAACCACUACACCACACUAUAUGCUCGAAAUGACAGGACUCAGAUUCGAAAGUUCAUAAUGCAGGAUGCGAUAUCUGAUGCUGCAGUCAUUAUAACCCCAUAUAAAGAAGGAGUGGCAAUCGGAGAAAGAGCAGCUUCCCGCUGGUUACGCAUAGUCCCAUGGGGCAUCCGAAAGUUGGCAAGACAUCUGAAAGAUAAGUACCAGAAUCCUCCAGUGAUAAUUACAGAAAAUGGUAUGGAUGAUCCAAACAAACCUUUCAUACCUUUAGAAAAGGCUUUAAAGGAUGAAAAGAGGAUAAGAUUCCACGGGGACUAUCUCUCGAACCUAUCUGCUGCUAUAAGGCAAGACAACUGCGAUGUUCGUGGUUAUUUUGUGUGGUCGUUGCUCGACAACUGGGAAUGGAACAUGGGCUACACUGUUCGGUUUGGACUUUACUAUGUGGAUUACAAGAAGAACCUUACAAGGAUUCCUAAAACUUCAGUCCAAUGGUUUAGAAGAUUUCUCCAAGUUAACGAUGAUCUGAGAGACUACACCAGAUCUAAGAACUUACUUUUGGCUACAAAUUAG